AUGUGGACGAGAGCUGCCACGACGGGCGUGAGCUCCGCUUCGUAUGGGCCACUGGCAACUGCGAGACUUGAACACCGACUAUUCAUUCAGGAGCGCCACGAUUUUAACUUCAAAUGGGGCUUUGGUGUGGACCCGCAACACCGUGUUGAACACAGACAACACGGGUACUGUGUUGAACUGUCCUGGAAAGAGCGGGGCUGA